UAGUGACGCCGAUAGAGCUAGAAGCAGCAUGGAGUGCACAGGUGAUCGUUUUGGAUACACAUGGAUUGCAAAUAAGUGCUCGGGUUACUUUUGAGUUCAUGUCUAGCCGAUUAACGAUCAAGCUACACAGAAUUUAAGUCAUAGGCGAAAAAGAUCGGUUUAUCGGUUUACAAUUCAGCGACACUUUACGUGUAUCGAACGUGGCGAUUUAGCUUGUGGUAGCUGAGCUGAGAAGUUACAGAUUACUAAGGUAUGACGCUUUGCUUAAUGUAAGCAUAAACUAGGGAUAUGUACUACCUUUUAGUAAGUAUACGUUUUGAUUUCUUAAAGUUACUAAGAGUCUGAGCAAAUCAAUGUAUUUACUUACAGUACUUAGUUAGCAAGAAACGGUAUACUCCAUAGGCAAGUCUGUCAAAUAUGUUAGGUGGUUGUGCAUUUAAUUUAGAGUAGUUUUUUUAAGAUACGGUAGCCGGUGUGUUGUUUAUUUUCUGAUACAGUCCUUCUGCGUCAAGGCUGCUUGUGUGGUAGCGGCAACAGUAAUAUAAAUCAUGUCUGACGUGACGUGUACGGCGCCUGACAGCACCCCCGUGGAAGGAACAAAACACAACAACCAAAAAACGAAAAAUAACAAGAAAAAGAAGUUCUGGAGAACUGCAGAGAAAGGAGCAGUAAAGAAGGAAGAUGAAGCCAGGAAGGGUUCUGUGCUCCCACCAAAGGCUUCUCAGCAUUUUUCAGCUAACUGGAAGGCUCUGCAAGAGUUGUUGAACCAGAAGAAGGCGACCACGACUACAGCCCAGGAAAACGGAAUGACUGCUUUGAAACACAAUUCAAAGAAAGAAAAAAAGCAGCAGAUUCAGUCUCAAGGAAAGCCAGUGAAAGAUCAAGUUCUGAAGGACACAAAUGUGCGUACCAGCAAGCAAACCAAAGCAGACUCCGUACAGCCUUGUACCUCUGCUGAGAAGAGUGGUGGAGAGACGGGAGAGCAGAAAAAGGGCAGAGACAACAAGAAGAGGACACAUGGACAAAUAACCGCAGAGAGAAACAAUCCGAAAAAUAAAAAGAGGAAGACCGAGGAGGUUGUGGAGCACAAACCAACUGAGGCGGAUAUCUGGUUUGAUGAUGUGGACCCAGAUGACAUUGAGGCAGCAGUCGGAGCUGAUGCUGCAGAUAUUGCCAGGAAGAGGAUGGGGGUGAAACAAAGCAAGCCACAGGAGCUGGAGAAAUCACUGGUGAAAGAGCAUGGAUUUGAAGGUCUGACCAAAGCUGUAGCCAUGGACUGUGAAAUGGUGGGGGUUGGACAGAGUGGUGAAGACAGCAUUGUGGCUCGAGUCUCCAUUGUAAAUCAUUUUGGAAAAUGUAUUUAUGAUAAAUAUGUUAAGCCUACAGAGAAAGUAACUGAUUACAGAACUGCUGUCAGUGGGAUCAGACCAAAGGAUCUCAAAAAAGGAAUAAAUGUCAAGAUUGUUCAGAAAGAGGUGGCUGAUAUUAUACAAGGAAGGAUUUUGGUUGGCCAUGCCAUACAUAAUGAUCUUAAGAUUUUGUUUCUGGAUCACCCCAAAAGAAAAAUCAGGGACACACAAAAAUAUAAACCAUUCAAAGCAAUAGUAAAGUGUGGACGUCCUUCACUUAAACUUCUCUCUAAGAACAUUCUAAAUGUUAAAGUCCAGGAAGGUGAACACAGUUCUGUUCAAGAUGCCCAAGCCACAAUGAAGUUAUACACUUCAGUGAAAAAACAUUGGGAAGCAGAGAUAAAAGCCAGACAUAAAGGGAAUAACUUGGCAGGAAAGGAGGGCAAAGGGAAACGGCCUACAGACCACUAAUGCAUUUACAACUGGUGCGGCAAACCCACAUUCCCAAUGGAAGGGAACUCUUUUUGAGCCGAAGAAAUCGUGUGGUCUUCAUGUACUUCUGGUUAUGUGCUUAUAACACAGACACUUGUCAGCAGGAACACAGCGGAGCCAUAUAUUCUGUAACUCAGAUAUUUUCACACAAACUGUAGGAGAUUCAUUUAUUUUUUCCCCUUAUGUUGUCUGUUGAACUGAAAGCUCUGGGAAAUCGUUGAAUAUGGUUUGUUAACUGAACUGAGACCAAUGGAAUGUAUUGCAUUUAAAACAUGGUUCACUUUAGCCAUUGUAUGGACAGCACACUGCUUCCACAAAGAAAGUAUAACCCUACCAUUAAAAAAAUACCUGAAACAAAUGUUAUUUAUGUAAGGAGGAGAGUGAUCAAUUGGCUUGCUUUUUAUUCACUGCUUGAUAGACCAAAAAGAGAGCUUUGUUUAAAUUGUUUUAAAAUACUUUACUGUGCAACGUUAACAGAGAAUGAAUUCCCACAUCCUCAACCAGGUCCCUUGUUUAUUAUUGCACAAAAUAUUCUGGCGAAUUCUUGUUUGUGCUGUUCUGUGGAAUGUGAUGGUACAAUAGACAAAUUGAUUCUAAACAACCCCAUGAGAUUCUUAACUAAGAACAUUUCUUUUUUAAAAAGACCAGGGAAUUAGAAAAGCCGGAGCAUGGGUCUUCUGUCUCUGAAAAGUACCCCAGCAACAUCAUUUCAUAUUCUUUUUUACAGAUGCCAAUUCUGUCAGUUUUGCAUUUUUGAAAGAGCAGAUUUAGCCAUCACAACAAUUUCCUGGAGGAAAAAAAAACAAUAAAGUCCUUAUUUUCAUACAUUUCAAUGAGUAAAAUGGUCAUUAUCAGCAUUACAGUGUUCUUUAUGAGACUCCUACACUUUUCUCUGUAUGGGAAGAACACAUAAUGGAGUAGUGAUGACUUUAAAUAAUCUCUCCUUUUUAUUUUUUUUUACUGGAUCACAUUUUGCAAUCUGUCUUGCCUUCAUUCAAAUCCAACCACAGAAUGACUGGGUGAAGUACCCAUGAGGAAGGUUGCCAACCUAGCAGAAACCUUGUCGGGAAUAAAAAUACAAAAAAUAAAUAAAUGUUGUUUUA